CGUCUGUACGGGUGUCCAAUCGGAGCGCGGGAUGCUGAGGUUGGAGUGGAUGCAAGUCGUGGGAUACUGAUGCUGAGGCUGGGGGGACCCGCACAAUGAUGGAGCGGCGACGUCGUUGAGAAGGAUGCAGUAAAUGCCCUGUCAUUUGGCAAGGGGCAGAUUUUACAGUGCAAACACGCCCCUCUUACGGACGUUGAGUACGACAGAACCCUGAGAGAUGUACGGCAGCGCUCGUGCCGUCAGCCACAUUGAGGGCAGCCCUGCACGCUCGCCGCGGCUGCCCCGCUCCCCACGGCUGGGCCACCGACGGGUCAACAGCGGAAGUUCGGGCUGUAAGACCUUAUCCAUGGAGAACAUCCAAUCUCUCAAUGCUGCCUACGCUACAUCCGGCCCUAUGUACUUGAGCGAUCAUGAAGCCGUCGGAUCCACGGCUACGUACCCUAAAGGCACCAUGACGCUCGGUAGGGCCACGAACCGAGCGAUUUAUGGCGGCCGGGUCACCGCCAUGGGCAGCACCCCCAACAUCGCUACAGUGGGGCUUCCACACGCCGACCUGUUGUCGUAUGGAGAUUUGGGCUCGAUCUCUAUGCUCCACCACCAGGGGACUCCGUCUGCCCUGCUGCGUCAGGCAGUGAGGGGCAGUGGGGGUGAACUUUUGGAGCUCCAGGCACAAAUGCGGGACAUGCAUAGAGAAAACGAACUCCUUCGCCGAGAACUGGACCUGAAGGACAGCAAGCUGGACUCCUCGACCAACAGCAUCAAGAGCUUCUGGAGCCCAGAGCUGAAGAAAGAACGGGUGAUGAGAAAAGAGGAGGCGGCACGCACCUCCAUCCUGAAGGAGCAGAUGCGGGUGACCCAUGAGGAGAAUCAGCACCUGUUGGACGCCAGGAGGACAAAGCACCUCCAGCUGACCAUCCAGGCCCUGCAGGACGAACUGAGAACCCAACGCGACCUCAAUCAUCUCCUCCAACAGGAGAGCGGCUCGCGGGCCGGAGGCGGCGACCACUUCACCGCCAUCGAGCUGACGGAAGAGAACUUCCGCAGGCUCCAAGCCGAACACGACCGGCAGGCCAAGGAGCUCUUUCUGUUAAGGAAGACGCUGGAGGAGAUGGAGCUGAGGAUCGAGACACAGAAGCAGACGUUGGGAGCCAGAGAUGAGUCCAUCAAGAAGCUGUUGGAGAUGUUGCAGAGUAAAGGGCUGCCCCCAGCGUCAGGGAGGGCUUCGGAUGAGGAGGAACAGGAGAGAGCCAGGCGUAUCGCGGACGCUGAAGCUCAGCUGGGCCACCUGGAGGUGAUAUUAGACCAGAAGGAGAAGGAAAAUCUCCAUCUGCGAGAGGAGCUUCACAGAAGGAACCAGCAUCAUCCAGACCCUGGCAAAACUAAAGCCCUUCAGACUAUCAUAGAGAUGAAGGACACCAAAAUCUCAUCCCUGGAGCGCAACAUUCGCGACCUGGAGGAUGAGAUUCAGAUGUUAAAGGCGAAUGGAUUGCUGAACAACGAGGAUCGAGAGGAGGAGAUCAAACAGAUGGAGGUCUACAAGAACCACUCCAAGUUCAUGAAGACCAAGAUUGACCAGCUAAAGCAGGAACUUUCCAAAAAAGAGUCUGAGCUUUUGGCUCUGCAAACAAAGCUGGAAACUCUGAAUAACCAAAAUUCAGACUGCAAACAGCAUAUCGAAGUGCUUAAAGAAUCUCUCACUGCCAAAGAGCAACGUGCUGCCAUCUUACAAACUGAGGUGGAUGCUCUAAGACUGCGACUGGAGGAGAAGGAAUCGUUCCUUAACAAGAAAACGAAGCAACUGCAAGACCUUACGGAAGAGAAGGGAACGCUGGCCGGGGAGAUCAGAGAUAUGAAAGACAUGCUGGAGGUCAAAGAACGCAAGAUCAACGUCCUACAGAAGAAGAUUGAGAAUCUUCAAGAACAGCUGAGAGAUAAAGAUAAACAGCUGGGUAACCUGAAAGACAGAGUGAAGUCACUCCAGACCGACUCCAGCAACACAGACACUGCCCUCGUCACGCUGGAGGAAGCGCUGUCUGAGAAGGAGCGAAUUAUCGAGCGUCUAAAGGAACAGAGAGAGAGAGAGGAUCGCGAGAGGAUGGAGGAGGUGGACUCGUAUAAAAAAGAGAACAAAGACCUUAAGGAGAAGGUGAACACUUUACAGCUGGAGCUAACGGAGAAAGAGUCAAAUCUCAUAGAUUUAAAAGAGCACGCCUCCUCGCUGGCCUCGUCCGGUCUCAAAAAAGACUCCAAACUCAAGUCUCUGGAGAUCGCCAUCGAGCAGAAGAAAGAGGAAUGCAGCAAACUGGAGACGCAGUUACAAAAGCAAGCAGAGCAGCUGUUCAGUCAGAUGAACAACCCUAAGGCCCAUGAGGUGGAGGUACAGCAGAUCACACGUGGAAACCCAGAAUACGUGGACCGGGUGAAACUGCUGGAGAAGGAGGUGUCCUUCUACAAAGAUGAGUCCAGCAAAGCCCAGACGGAGGUCGAGAGGUUACUAGACAUCCUGAGAGAGGUGGAGACCGAGAAAAACGAUAAAGAUAAGAAGAUCGCAGAACUGGAAAGCCCUCCUCCCCCCGCUGCCCGCCCCUCGCCCCGCCCUGGUGGCAGAGCCCCCUCUGACCCUCCCCCCUCAGAGUCCGCUGCCCCCCAGCAGAUUGGGGGCAUGAUGUGGGACUUCCUGGGAAAGCAAAAUAAGGAUCAAAAUAAAAAGGGCCCAGGUAUCAAGCUUGGCCCUCAGAUGGACAAGAAAGUCACUGGAAACAUCUUGCAGGAUCACCGCAAAGAUAAUCCUAUGGACAAUUCAAAGAUGGAAGAGUUGAUGAAUGUUCUGGAGAAAACAAGACAGGAGCUGGACGCCACCAAACAGCGUCUGUCCUCCACACAGCACUCUCUGUCUGAGAGAGACGGACAUCUGACAAACCUCAGACACGAGCGCAGGAAACAACUCGAGGAGAUCUUAGAAAUGAAACAGCAGGCUCUGCUCGCUGCUAUUAGUGAAAAGGAUGCUAACAUUGCUCUUCUGGAGCUGUCGUCCUCCAAUAAGAAGAAGACACAAGAGGAAGUUCUGGCCCUGAAAAGAGAGAAGGACAGAUUGAUGCAUCAGUUAAAACAACAGACCCAGAGCAGAAUGAAACUGAUCACAGACAACUACGAGGACGAUCACUACCACCCUCACGCUCCACCUGCCCACAUGCAACCUCAACCUCUGCAUCCUCAGCCCCAGCCUCCGUACCCACAAGCCCCACACCAGCCUCCUUACCCACACCAACCCCAUCCUCAACACCCACAGCCUCCACCGCACCACCCACAGCAACCCCCCCAGCCGCAAUAUCCCCACCCGCAACACCCCCAGCACCCUCAGCCUCCUGGACCACACCCUCCCAGAGCCCAACAGCCACACCCUCAACACCCUCAUCCUGGGAUGCCUCCACAGCAGCAUCCACACGCCCAGCACCUGCACGGGCCUCCGCCUCAGCAAGGCCCCCACCCGCAGCCCCUCCCACACCCGCAGCAGCACCCCCAUCACCCCCAACACCCCGGACCACAGGGCCCUCAUCCAAGACACCCCAUGCCCCCACACCAUCGAGGUCCAGGCCGCGGACCGCCUCAUCCCGGACACCGGCCCGCCCCAGACCAGGAUGAUGAAGAAGGGAUUUGGGCAUAACCAUUUCCAAACCAAAGCUAUGGUGUUGUUUUCUGGGGAGAAAUACAGCCAUGCCAUGUAGAUGAAAUUAUACGUUGUCCACUCGGCCAGUCUUUACCUACAAUCAGAUUCACUUUUUUGGAUAGGAUCCCAUUUAUUUGAACGCUUUAGGGAAAGAGGCGGAGCAUUUGUGUGAGUGGGAGGGCCAAAGCUGGAGAAGACCGCCUGAGCAGAUGGUUUGAAAAGAAGAAUGGAGAGGAACUCUGGACUGUAGAACAGAAACACUUUCUUUUGCAGUACUUUUCCAGAAGACGUUUGCCUUGAACACUCUCCAUGUUCCGGAGACCACCUGCUAUGAGGGCAUUCGUCUAGCUGCCCCUCCCCUUUUCUUCUUGGCCCCACCCACUCUCGUUCAGCUCCACCUCUUCAGCCUGCACAUUUGACAGCACUCGGUUCAAGCCUUGGAUCUGUCAGUAGGCAACUAUACUUUGCUUAUGUUCUUAAAAAAACAUUGUAAAUAAAACCAUCCGUUUUUCGUUUUCAACACGUUCGCAUUUUAAAGGGCCUUCGAGUUUUAUGAGUAUGCAUUAUGGAGGGAGGAGUCAGGAAACGUGCAUUUCAUUUCCAUGCCACUUUUCAUGUCCCUUGUUGUUUGUUUUUGCUCACCGGAAACGCACAGAACACACAUACCAUGCUAACCACAAUGUGCCCAUAUGUGUUUCUUUUUCUCUUUUCUCAAUGUCAUACCCCAGGCCUGGUCUGCAUGUACGUUAUCAUGCACCUAUGCACCUCCACCCCUUCUAACAGGGAUUGUUUCUAAUGGUGCUUUAAAUGGUGCUCAGACCCAACAGAGAUGGAGACAGCCAUGGCUUACAAUUUUCAGCGAGUUGUGUUUCUAUCGGAGGACAUCAGCUGAUAAGGCUGUCUGGAUUUGUGUCCGUGGAUCUUAAUGUUGUAAUGCUCCCUGCGUCCAUGAUGUCAUCAUACGAGUUCUGGAAAAGGGAAAAAACGUCAUGUCCCAAGUUACUGCUGCAGGUUGUGGAUUAAUAUCACACGGAUCUGGUCUGUUCAAAAAAGUGUCCCGCUACAGUUUUGUGCAACUUGAUUGUUGUAAAGUUGACAGUCUAGUCCACUCCCAAGGGACGUCUUUCCUCCUUUUACUAACCGGCCCACCAGGUAUUGGCCACACCCAACCCAAACGUCUCAUAACGUCUCCACGUGAUGGCGAGUGCCUAUUUAUAAAUAGAUAUAUAUAUAUAUAGUGAGAGAAAUAAUAGUGUCUACUGUGGUCAGAAAACUGUGUCAAAAACAAUGAAAUCUGAGGAAACUUCUGUUUAGGUGUGUUUGAGUUGUGUGUGGUGUUAUCAUCGUCUGUUUGGCCUCGCCGUGUCUCCUCCGCAAGAUCGUGGCACUGGGGUCUAUGCAAAAAAAUAACGUCUGAGAAACAGUUGACUUUGAAUAUGUCUUGUUGUUCUCGAAGCGAAAAAUUGUAUAGCAUAUGUUGCACCUUGCAAGAACAAAAAAAUAAAAAUCACUCGGUAAAGAUAUCUGAAUGAUCCUUCUGCAAUGCAGUCGGCUGAAACUUGCACUCGAUGGUAAUAACGCCGUUGACGUCGACAGCGUUUGCAACCAUAGAGCGAGUCGUUUAUUUCGAACCAAGUUGAGCAAAGUUGAAUUUUAUAUACUCAAGCGCAUGUGGUCUGCCGUCUGAUACAGUCCGAUACCGCACCGUUAGAGACGGACGGUAAAGUUACUAAAUGGCAGAUAACAUUGAAAUGCUUGUUGAAGGUUGUUUGCAUCGUCUUAUGUCUCAUUCCACUGCUGCUGUCUGUGGCUGUGUUUAUGUUAGCCAAAAUCUGACUGUUACACAAUGAAAUGUUUGUGCUUCCAUGUUGCGUUCUUGCCUUCAUCCACACGCGCGUCUCUUCUGGAGCAUCGUCCUUGUGCUGCGUUCACGUGCAGAUGACAAAACACUAUUUCUGCGAACCCACACAAUGCAUCUGCGUAAAUGUAUGUACUAUAUGCAUUAUUAUUUUGAAAAACCGUGAUAUUAUUUGAUCAUAUGGCAUAUCACGAUGAAAUGUGUCGAGGUAAAUAAAAAACCAUCAAUGUUGCGUUGACUUAAAAUGUGUAAAAUUCCAAGUUUCCGAACUUGUUACUAGUAAACACGUGAGCUAGAAAUGAUAGCCAUUCUGACAUGAACGUAGCAUUGUUUCUUUUGCUCAGAAAUAUCCCUACGUUUGCUUUCUAGGUUUCUUACUUGCAUUUGUGGUUCAAGAACAAACAGUUGCUCAUCCAAAAUGUGUCCACUGUGUGUGUGUGAGAAUAUUUGUCUUUUGGAUGUUUCCGAGUCCUUUUGUGAAGUCAGUUUUAAACACCUUAAGAGUGUUUGAUAUUCUGAUAUCUGUCUGUGCGUAAGUCUACUGUACUAUUAGUUAAGAGGACAUAAAACAUCAAACCUUUCCUUUUAGGAGACGCAAUUCAGUCCUCCACUUUCAGGACCUGUUAAUAUACUUGAAGUAGGAGGUGAACUCCUGCCUAGGGAAAAGAUAUAUUAUAGAACAAAGAAAAAAGAGAAAUAUGUUGAGUUAUGUGAAAAUAAUGCAUGAAUAUUUCAUUAUGUGCCAACUUUGGGCCGUGGUGUGAGACAGAACUGUGUGCAGAGGACUUAAUAAAAUAAUAAGAAAUAACAAGAAUUAAGGUCUUUAAACCGUUUCAAAGGGCCUCUGGUUCCAAAAGAACAACGAAGAAGAUUUCUCUCUAUAUUUAUAUUUGUUGUGUGCCAGUUGCAUUUAUUUUAUUUCGCGAUGUCAAAAAAUGCAAACCUCCGGAUGAUACAAACCACUGUGACAAAUGCCAGAAAAAAAAGAGUACUUAUAACAACAUUGUUUUUACUUUUUUAAGAUAUUUAUGUUGUUUUUUUAUGGUUCAUGCUUUUUUGAAUAUGUCAGAGAUUUAUACAUGAGGUUUUUGUUUUCCUUUUCUGUACAGUCUAAUGUGUGUCAGCAUGCUGAAUGAUACAGUGUGUGAACGUGGGGGUUCAUUUUCCCAUGGUGCAUCAGUCAUUAUAGAGGCAUUAGCAUCCUGAUGGUGUGAUGUGUUGGCGUAUGUCCUCACCUGUGGCCCCACCCACCUUCUUCUACCCACUGCCAGUGGAUUGCCCGUGCAACAAAAUCAAAGCGCUCGCAUGUUUUCUGGGAGCAGAUCUGAGAUGCUGAGAGCGUGGGGUUUGCUUGCAUGAUCGUGUCUGUGUAUGCAACAGGUAUAAGUUUGUUAAAGGGUGUGAAUGUUGCGUGUGUGUUGAACUGCAGAAAGUUACCGGUGCGAGGCCCUCGGGUUUAGUGUGAAAUCGAUGUUUUUGAACCCUGUUGGGCUUGAACUCAAGAGUCUUCAACCCUCCCUGAUAUUUGCUAUUGUACGUGUUGUAACCGCCACUAUUCUUGAGUGUCAGUUAGCUUGUUUAUAUCCAUUCAAUAAAAGUGACUUUCUUUCUGAGAUAA